UGAUUACGUUACAUUUUUGGUACGGCAAGAUGGCGGUGCUGGCUGUAGCUGUUCUGUUAAUUGCAGGUCUUGCCUGCUCAUCUGCCGAGGAGGGGAAAUUAACCUCGAUUGAGGAGUACCCCAGCUUGGUUCAGGUGGAAAACCGCGCUGGCCUGCUGUGGCUGCAGUUCUGUGCUGGCAGCGUGCUGACCUCUUACCAUAUUCUGUCAACGGCAAGAUGCUUCUCUGGACCCAACUACACCGACCGUAACCGCCGCAUCAGAGCUGGUACUUCCUAUCGAGGAUCUGAGGGUAUCGUCCGUGAAGUGGCCAGGGUAUACCUGCACCCAACCUUCGGUCUUUUGGGCAACGAUGGAGAUGUGUCCGUCGUCCGUUUGGAAACCUCAAUGACCUUGGGUGACACCAUCCAACAGGCUCCCAUUCUUGGCGAGGGUAUCUACCUGCCUUAUGGAUUGCAGCUGCAGCUCGUCGGUUGGGGUACUACAAGCGAAGGUGGAAACCGAGGCGAUAACAAUCUCUACGAGCUGGAUGUCUACACAGUCUCCAACGACGACUGCUUAGAAACAUACCUUGAGCUGGAGGAUGUAGAAAAUAACACCAUCACAGAAAAUAUGAUCUGCACUGGUCUCCUGAGCACCAAGGGUCGGGACCUUGACACCAGGGAUGAGGGUGCUCCUCUUUUCUACACCGGAGUGACAGUUGGAAUUGUGUCCUUCGGUGUAUCCAACGGAGAGGACAACAUCCCUCUCGUCAGCACUGCCAUUUCUUCUUACACCAACUGGAUUGUUGAAACAGCGACGUUGUGAAGAUAUGAUGUGUUAUGAAGGCUGCUUGGAAUUUAGAUUAAGGUGCUUACUUAUAGUCUUUUAGAAUAAAAGUUUUUUUUUUGUUAA